AAUAGAUGGCGUAAAUUGUAGAAAGCAGAACUACCCCGUCUACUAGAUCGCUGCAAGGUGAUUUCCGGAUCCGGAAAGGAAGCUAAGGAUGCAGAAGACGAUGCUCAAAUUGCUGCUCCUUGCGGUGGUGCUGGUGCCCUGCUGUUCCGGAACGGAAACCAUCUACAUUACGGACGAUGUUUCCGUGUCGGAGUUGUUUUCAUUGCGCAUAGAACCCCGCAUGUUCAACUGGUCCUACGAGGGACUGAGUGAGCAGUUUCACUAUCGUUCGUCCCUCGAAGGAUAUCCGGAUCUGCCUAGCUGGAUCCGGUACAUGUACAGCACGGAGUAUCAUUCGGGGUUUUUGUACGGCACACCGCCACCACGUACAGCCGACACGCGCGUUCCGAUCGAAAUCAUUGCCCUUAACCGGAUGUCGUACGAGACGAAGCGGUUGGUGCUGAUGCUGGCCGUGCACCAUAAGCCCGUGGCCAAACACGUUAUCCAAAUGAAGAUCGACAAUCUGAACUGGGUGCACAUGAUGGAUCCUGGGCGGAUCGAGAACCUAAAGAACAUCUUCCGUAAUGAUCUGUGGCCGGAAAGUCGCUCCGAUUUGCACAUCAUUUUUAUGGAUUCGGCCGUUAAACUCGGUGCUCGGUUACCUCUCCGUCCGCAGCAGCGCGAGGGUGUCGUAGUGCAUCUUGGAAGCCGAGCAGAGUUCUCUGGUCGCAUGCUGGACCUGCAGGAGGAGGUGAAACCGUUGUACAAAAUCGCUUCCUGCACUUACAAGCGAACCUCCGUGCAGACGACGUUCGAAAAUUCCGGUUUUAAGCUGGAUUGGUGCGCGUUUCGUUUGACGAGUUCCGAUGAUGAUAUCACGGCAUUGCCCCAUCAUCCGAACGAAAGCCAUAAGGACGGAGAUCAUACGAACCUGAGCGGACAGCAUGUGGAGCGAUGGGAUGCCCCGCUGAAAUCGGAAAUUCCGGAGCGCAACUACAGCGACGAGGUCGCAAUCUCCUUCGCCAUUCCGGGAAUGAUCUUUGCUUUGCUGCUGUGCGGAUUGACCAUCAUUUUGUGCUUCCAGCAUGAGAAACUGCAAGACGACGAUUCAGAGUAUUAUUUCAAUUACAUUUUCUACAUUUGUUCAGACUUUCUUAGAAUGCAUAAAUCAUCCAGACACGAGUACAAUAUGGUACCAUCGAACGUACAGAUGGUACACUACUCACCGGAAGAUGCACAUUCAACGAUUAAGCUGAAGAGCCUCCGGGAUGCACCGUUCGAUGUUGAACCGCAGCGUAUAAGCAGCCCCUCGGAUAGCUUUUACCGUGAAGGAAGUCCACAUAUCAGCAAUAUGUACAUGCGCCCGAAGCCACCGCCCUACAAGCUCACCGGAAACUCAUCGGGCUCACCAACCUUGAACCGGAACCACGCCGAUAACGGUGAGAUGUGACAGGUGGAGCCAAGAAUUUUGUUCUGCUAAAAGGCGCGCACCGGGGGAACAAAAUUCUAAAUUCAUGUAGUAACAAAAUCAAUUAUCUGCAUCCAGAAUGCUUCACAUAAUAUCCUAGUUAUCCGGUUCCGUCGGUAAUCUAUUGCGGUUAGUGUUUCUUCACAGUGGUAGUUCAUCGUUGAAUAGCGUAAGGUACAGCAAUAUAAUCCCCCCCAAAAGAAAUAAAGGACACACAUAUCGAUGGAAUCCAAAUCACGAUAAAUGAUUGGAAACCAAUUUAGCUCCGUAGUUGAUGUCCUCGCUCUCGGAUCAAUCCGAAACAGUAAAAAGAG